AGACGGGACACUCAGCUUUCUCUUGCUCCAUUUCAUCUUUUCUAUCCUUCAACACCAACAAAAGAUGCAACCCUUCCGUUUCUCGACAACAACACUGAUAGGUCAUCUGUGUAUUAAAACAUAACAAUACGAAUCAAUGCUGCGAUAGUCUCGAUCCGAUCACUUUAAUCUACCACGCCGCUGUUUCUCACUCCUUCGCAGCGACGCAAUCCGACUUAACCUCCUCGCCCGCCUCUUUAUUCCCACACCCACAACACCACCGCCAAAAUGUCUUCACUAUCCUCCUUCCCGGCCCUCGAGGCCCUAAAAUCCACCCUCGAACAAAUAAUCCUCGACCCAUCCUACCACGACCUCCUAGCCGUAGUCAAAGGAGCCCGCAAUGGCGCAGUCUACGGAGCAAAAGUGCGCUUCCCCCACGCCCUCGUAAUGGUCUUCCUCUUCCGGCCAGGCACCCUCCAACAAAAAGUCUCCCUCGUAUUCCGCGCGACGCGCACACAUGCCGCGAACCUAGCGCGCUUCGCGGUGGUCUACAAAUUAACGUGCUUCCUACUCAAGCAAUACGGUGCGACCCCGGGUAAAUCUGGACACUAUGAUUCUAUGCUCGCGGGGCUGCUAGGGGGAUACGUGGUUUUCGGCGGACGCUCGAAGAGGUCGGGGAAGAUACCUAGUGUUAACCAACAAAUCGUGAUAUACGUCUUCGCGCGCGUGGUACUAGCUCUCGCGCGGCUGGCUGUGAAGCCUGAAGGAGGUACUGGACUACCGUUUGUAUCGCGCGAGGGUAUAUCUGGCGCGAUUACGAAAUACGCGUGGCCGGUAUUCGCUGCGACGUCGUGGGCGCUCGUCAUGCAUAUAUUUAAGCACCAUCCGGAUGAAUUGCAGCCGUCGCUUAGGAGUAGUAUGACUUAUAUCUACCAGCAGUCGGAACAUUGGGACAGCUUGAGGAAUUUUGUCUGGCAUAAUAAAUAGGUGCAUCGCUAUAUGGCUAUUGGGAAAAAGGGAGUGGAUUGCUAAUUGGUAAUUGAUGGAGGUGUAUACGAGGAAGAGGAGUUAUGAUAUCACUUGGCUAGAGGCGUUUUAUGUGUUUACUUCUUUGGUUUUACCUCUAUAUAUCUUCGGGUGUAUAUUACGCAUUUAGCAUGGGUACUAGCUGGGCUCACAUCUAUUGAGCAAGUGGU